AUGUCGACCGAGGCGCCAUCAAAUGGUGCUGCGGAACCGCCAAAGCCGGCUCCAUCCGAGAAGCCGCCCAAGUUCUCGUGGCUCCAACCACACCCAGUCUUUGUCAUAAUCCUCGUCGGCACCGACGAGCAGCCCUUUGGCAUCCAGAAAGAUUUCUUGUGCGACCGCUCCGAGUUCUAUCGUAAACACUUUGCGGAAAAGCCCGCCGACGAGGCCCUGGAACACGUCGUCAGACUGCCCGACUGCUCCAAAGAAGUGUUUGGUCUGGCACAAAACUACCUGUAUACCGGCGUGUUAAUUGCCGAUGAGUCCAACGUGCCGUCAUACGAGUCUUUGGUGGGCCUUUGGAACCUCGGCCACAAGCUCGGCGUCGAUGGGCUCUGCGAAAAGACGCUCGAUGCCAUGAAAGAAUGCCGCAGGCUCACCGAGAGAAUCCCCGCCACGCCGCUACUCAUACAAGUAUGGAGGGAUACUCCCGAGGGGUCGUCAAUUCGGCUCCUGCUCUUGUCUUGGGCGGCAGAAUACAUGCGGUCUUCCGAUGCUCGGGCAGAGUUUGCCAAAUCCCUGCCGCAGGAGGUCUUGAGCGAGCUUGUUGUUGCCAUGAGCUCAUUUGAUGCUUCCCCGGCACCACACGCACCGGCGGACUUGCCUGCUGUUGGUGCUCCGGCCGCGUUGCCUAGGAAGAACGUCCACUACCUGGACGAGGCAAGCGACGAGGAGAUAUUGAAUAGCAUCAAGAAGAACCGACGGUCAAGCGGACCGCCAGGCGCCGUCGCUUCGCCGCUCGACCCAGCAGCUGCAGGACGCAGAGCUGCUCGGACGGCACUACCAAAGCCACAGAAACGACGGACUAGCGCUGCAUUUGUGGACGCGCGCAACUUUACGACGGCACAGAAGUUGGACUUUUGCGCCGAUCUACUGAACAGAAUGCUUUCAGGUCCUGGGUUUUGGACACGGCUUGUUGGACCCUUCAAAGAUCCUGUUGAGCCAGCCGAGGACGGCGUGCCCGACUACUUCGACAAAGUCAAGCGGCCGAUGGAUCUUAGCACGAUCAAGGCCAAGAUGGACCGGCGCGAAUACCCCAACGAGGAAGAGUUUGUGCGCGACGUGCGGCAGAUUUUUGACAACUGUUUCACGUACUGGAAGAAGGGCGAUCCCAUGUGGGCGGCCGGGGAGAAGCUGCAGCGGACGUUUGAGGAGAAGUACUCGCACAUGAACAAGUGGAUUGCCAAGAUGGGCGGUGACGAGGGCGAGUGA